GAGUCAGCUGAUACACAGGAGCCGGAAGUUUUUGACUUCACCUCAGAUGAAUUGUGGUUCUGUUUGGAAGCUUUUCCCGGUUUUUGUGUAGAAAAACUGCAAACUAUGGACGAUAGUUAGUUUAUUAAAACGCGGAGUGCUUGGAGAAUCCACUCGUGGCAUUUUAAACCUGAAAAAAAUAUAUAUACAAACGAGAUGGAGUGGCUGUUGGACCCCUCCCACCUCCUCAGAGAUUCCUCUAAUGGCACGAACACCACCGAUCUGACCUAUGGCUUCGUAUCCUGUGCCGUCUCCGUCCUAUUCUUUGGGAGUAACUUCGUCCCUGUAAAGAAGAUCGACACUGGUGAUGGCAUGUUUUUCCAGUGGGUGCUUUGUGCUGCUAUAUGGACGGUGUCUUUGAUUGUGAAUAUCAUCUUGAGCAGCCCAAAGUUCUGGCCUCUGGCUAUGCUGGGAGGAGCCAUCUGGGCUACAGGUAAUAUCACAGUUGUGCCCAUACUCAAGACUGUUGGUCUCGGCCUAGGCCUUUUGAUAUGGGCUGCCUUCAACCUCCUGAUGGGCUGGGCCAGCUCACGAUUCGGCUGGUUCGGUAUUGAGGCAGAGAAAGUCUCCAAACCAACACUUAACUACUGCGGAGCCGGCUUGUGUUUGCUUAGCGCCAUCGUGUUUUUCUUUGUGAAGAGUGACGGUCAGAGACAUGCUACACCGGAAGAGACGCCACUGUUAAUAGACAGUAGCGUGAACGCUGACUCUCCAGCGUCUUCAGAUAACUCGUGGGUGGACAUGUUGCCGCCCUUCACCAAGCGCCUGGUCGGUUCGGGACUUGCCGUAGUUGCAGGACUCUUUUACGGCUCGUCGUUCAUCCCCAUGCUGUACAUCAAAAACCAUGCAGGACAGCAGGACAGCCAGUAUGCUGGGGCGAGCCAGUUCGAUCUGGAUUACGUCUUUGCUCAUUUCAGCGGGAUCUUCCUCACCAGCACCGUGUACUUCAUCAUCUAUUGCGCCUUCAGAAAGAACAAACCGCAAGUGUUCCCUAAAGCCGUGCUCCCAGGGUUUGUUUCCGGGUUGAUGUGGGGCGUGGCGACAUGCUGCUGGUUCCUGGCCAAUCACUACCUGAAGCCGGUGGUGAGCUUCCCGAUCAUCACUACGGUUCCAGGGCUUAUUGCUGCUUUAUGGGGGGUCGUGGUUUUUAAGGAAGUGAAGGGACUAAAGAAUUUCCUGGUGCUCAUCCUGGCGUUUUGUAUGAUCGUGAGCGGAGCGUUACUGACCGCCUUCUCGCUGUAGUUGCACAUCAGCACCACACGGUGGACACAAAAUGCCAAAUCCUUCCAUAUGGGUCACUGUUAAGCUUCAUAAUCUGCUCUGUACCUCAGAAUGAUGCUCUGGUUAAUAAAGUCCUGAUUUACUGUGAAUCAACGUCAGAAAAUCAGACGAUACAAGACGUAUCGACGCACAACCCCUUCGUGUCUUCGUUUUAGUGCCAGUUCUUUGGACAGACUGUAACUGACCUGUAAUUAUUUCAUUUAUCUGCAUUUCUUUCAAUCACGUUUACAGCACGAAGGACCUCAUUUUAGUUUUCUAGUUGCACAUUUUGCGAUUACUUGUACUUGUCAAAGGUCACGGAAAAUGGUCUCGACAUGUGUUAACCGUGCCAUGUACAUUUAUUAAUAUCACUCUUUAUUGAUUUCCUGCCACUUUGUUUAAUGCCAUAUUAUUAUAAAGGGAUUGUGAUCAGGCAGCUGAUAAGGGCAAACUUUUAAUAAUUGAAUAAAAGCUCUUGUUUUUAUAAGUAA